UGCCAAACUUUACCGCCAGAGGUCACAAAACGCGCUGGCAAAGAAUAAUAAUAAUUUUAAGUUCUUUCACUAUCUAUUGCAGACGAAGAAAUUCAAACAGAAAAGAGAUGUCGACAGAUGACAUCAACGAAAAUAAAACAACAAAAUCGUCAAAUAAAUUGAAUAAAAAGUGUUAAUUGCUGGCAUAGGACAGAGAAUUAGUCAAAUUGGAAUGUUUUUAUAACUCUGGAAAAUCCUUCAUGGGCACCCCAAUAACCAUAUCCAGUGAUAGUCUAGAGGUUUGCAGAGAAUUGCUGGACUUUUCAAGUUCAGAAAUGGACCAAGUGCCUAUGAGUGGAGACAGUACAAAGAGUUUUCGCCAAAGGGUGUCAAAUACUACACCCAAUGCAGUUCAAAAGGUACAUAAUUGGAUGAGGGGUAUUAAAAAAACCUAUCAGAGGAAAGCUGAUAGCGAUAGCUUCUCAAAUAAAAGUAAUAGGACUUUAGAUGCCAUGGAUGCAAGCAGGUUCCACACUGAACACAGUUUUAUGUUUGUUCGAUGUAAUUUUGAUAAGGAUUUGCCUUCAAAGCCAAAUUCUCCUUCAGGAAGCCUUUACAAUUAUUGUCCACCAUUUUAUAAUUAUUUAGAAACAUGUAACAGUAUACAGGCAGGUGAAAACAUCACAUUGAAAAACUUGAAUAGUACACAUAAAUGCAAUUUUGUCAGAAGUAAAAGUGUAAAUGAACGAAAUAAAUCACUCAUACAUUUCAAAUCCAGUAAGCGGCGAUUAGUUGACCAUAAACAAGAAGACCACAGUAGAUUUAUGUAUGAAGCCUUGUCACACCCAGGCAGUCCAGAUAGCGAAAAAAAGCAAGAGCUGUGUAGUUAUUUACAAUUGAUGAAACCCACAGAUAAGAAGCAAGUGGUUAUGUUACAGAAUCGAAGAUCCACAAGAGUGAAAAAUUUAUGUAUAAUGCAGGAGAAAAAGGAGUUGGAGAGAAAACUUAAGGAAGAAGGGAAAACUCCAGAUGGCCAUGUUAGUGAUGAUGAAGGUUAUAGGUUUGAAUUUCCAAAGCCUCAUUUAAUUUUGAAGGAAAUAAUCGAAGAUUUUGAUAAUUUAAACACCAGUUGGAUGAAAAAAGUUGAGCAGAAUACUGAGGAAAUACAGUCCAUGUUAAAUGAGCCAACUGAAGAAAAAUUUUUGUCUGCUGAAGAUCAGGAAGUUGCUAGUUUAUUGCCAAAUGGUCGCAACGGUGUUUUAGAAUUUAAGGUUCCUAAAUUAAUAGAAGACUGUCUCUAUACAAUAAGCGAUUUUGAUUUGGUAGCAGAUAGAUUUGUAGACAUGCCCCUAACUGAUAAUAUAGUCCCACACAGAAAGUUGAGGAGCGAAUUUAAGAAAGCGAUAAGUCAGCUGAAAACUAUUUCCCCAAAAAAAUCAAAGUUAAUAUCAGAUAUAAUAAGUUCUUUGAGGAAUAGAAGGUUGAGUAGAAACCUGAGGUCGGGUUCAAAACCUUUCAAGCAUAGAACAGUCAUAAAGAAAAAAAGAUCAAAAGUGUUACAUGCCAAACAGAAAACCGCAAAAGUAUCACAAGUUUUACAUAAUAAUAACCAGGAAGGUAGUUUCCAUUCGCCUUUUGUGGGUGAUAUUAUGUCAAAAACAGAGCAUGUACCUUUCAGCAAACCGGUGCUUUCAGUGAACGGGACAAUUUUUGGCGAGGUUGAGGACUACAUGAACGACAUUGAGUUUCAAGGCCUCAGUCGAGAACAUCAGAGAAGUUUACUGGAAAGUAGGUUUCCACUGAUGGUAAACUGUGAUAGGUUUAGUGGAUGUUUCACGUGCCCCAAAGUAGCCGCAGGAAAAGUGGAGUGCACAAAAAAAUUGGAAAUUGAUUUGACUGACAAAGCGGAACCCCCUUAUUCACUUACAAUGGCGCACCAAGUCGACGUCGCCGCCAACGAGUUUGUGGAAAAUUCGCACACCGACAGCGACGAGGAAGAUAUCAGACUUCAGGAAAUCAGCGAAAGUGCAAGUGCCCAGCAAUUAAUAAAAAAUACUUUGGUAAAAGCUGCAACGCCGGAAAAUGUGAUAGAAAAGGCAGAUCUCAAGUGUAUCCCGUUUAAUAAAACAGUAGAAGGGAAAUCCUUACAUAGAAGCUUGCAUACUCCCAAAAAAAAGACCGACUGCACCAGCAGGGAGUUUCAGCAUAGUCCUCAGGGUUGGACGCCCGAUAGUCCAAGUCAGAGACAAAAAAAGUAUCAACAUUCGAUCGCGUUCGUCCGCGAAAACGGCGUCGUGGUCAAAUCUUUCUAUGUGGAUUACACUUUGAUUUUGUGUCAGGAGUUGAGGGUGUCGUUUUGGACGCAAACCGCCCUGGGUAACGUUUUAGGCGCUCAGAAUAUGUGGAUCCCCAAAGGUACGGUUCCCAGACUCCUGAUGGGCAACAAAUGCACUUUUAAGGAGUCGAUGGAGAUGGUGAUCUCCACCGAAACGAAUGUCGCGUACUUGGAACUGUGGAUGAAGGAGCACGCUAGCGACGUGAGGCAAAGGCCCGUCGCGGACGUCUUCGCUAUCGUUUAUUUUUGGAAAAAUCGACAGAACGGGCUCGAAAAGAAAGCUCUUCAACUAGAGAAUAUCAAUGGGUUUGCGGAUGACGUACAAUAUUCGGUACUCAAAAACACACCCAAGAUAAUAGUGAGCUGGCACAGUGCCGGUACCGACAUAGGGAACAAGAAGACAUUUGUUCAUUGUUAUCACCUGGCUACAGAUUACCAAACUGUGGCUAACAUCAGCGAGUUUGAAUCCGUCGAACAUUACGUAUCGUCAUUGCAUAAUAUCGAAGAUUGCGACGGACUCGUCAUGGGUUGCGGCGAAAAUAAAAUCACACUCUGGAACUUGGAAUAUGGCUACGUGGUGGCGACGAUCGCCAUGACCGAGAUCAAAUCGCCGCUAUGCACCUUGUGGGUCAAAUCCGACAGGGGUUUCCUAUUUACUUUGCAACAGUGCGUAGACAGGGAGCUGAGGCUGGUCGCCAUUAACGGCAUAAAUCACUCGUGGAAAAAGUUGGCGAGCUACGUGCCACCCGAACAAUACGACAGGUUAAAGGGCGUGUGCGUGGAAAACGGCAUCAUCCUUGGGUUCUACGACCAAGGGAUAUUGUGCUGGAACGCACAAACGGGAGAGCCGAUCGUCGAGGAAUCGCAGAGCGAAACGGAAUACGUAUCAGGCAAAUACGUAAUCUCCAUCGUCAACGAUCAAGUAAAUGUGCGACAUGCUGUUACACACCUGUUGUCGCCGGAGGAUUCCUAGUAAAAUCCAGUAAUCACCGCCGAUUGUCUCAAUCGAAUUUGUACGCCACCUAUCCUCCCACGCUAUUUAUUUUACUAUCCACAAAGUGCAAUUUUUAAUUAAUUUGUAUAUUUUCGGUUGUCAAGUGUCGAUUUGUUAAAGCUGCAAUUUUUAUUGUCAUUCUAAGGGCUACAGACAAAUAAUUUGGUCGCCGAAAACAAAAGUGUUUGAUUAUAUUUAUUUUAAAAGUAGAGAGAAUCUUGUAAGUCAAGAUUAAUACAUUUUGUUGAAUAUCAACUUAUGUCAAUUUUUUGCACAUUAUUCUGAUAUAAAAAAAAAACGUUAUAUUAUAUCUGUAUCCGAAAUAUUUCCAUUUUGGUUGCUAUAGAAUCUCCUGCCAUACAUCUCUUUUAAAAGUAUAUUUCCAAAGCAAAAUGUCCCUCAAUCUGUACCUUUUCCUGACAUAUUGCCUUAUUCUUUUCAUAUUUCUAGCCAUUUGUUUCAAAACCGACAAAAAAAAUUGUCAACAUGUUUCAAUGAAUUUCGAUAUUUGAAGAAACCCAGCAUAAAGGAUAGAUCAAUUGUCAGUUUUAUAUUGAUGAAGAGGGCGAUUUGAAUAUUUUUUAUUGCACACGUUUUUCGAUAAAUAAAUUCGUGAAUUAUAGAUAUUUAGGAAAUAUUCAAAGUUUUGUGUCAUGCAACUGGCAUAUCUUUUAUGAUUAUUUUUAAAAAUAUUUAUUACUUCACCAAAAAUCCUCUAGAUAAAAGAAAAAAUGCUUUGUCAUGAUACAAAUACAGAAAAAGGUUAGAGGAAAUAUGCAAACCCCGUAAUUUAUAAUUUAUUAGGAACAUUGAAUUCUUUUUUUGUUUAAAAGUAUUUGUUUUGAAUUCUGUAGUUUUAGUAUAUAAUGAAAAUUUUGAAUCACAACACAUUCUUAACACAGGUACGUGUUAUUAAUGGAAAAUACAUUUCAUAGGAAUUAUUGUAAUUUUCUGCACAUGUUCUGUUACUUUAAUAUUAAUGGGUAAUAUAAUUUAAAUAACUAGUCAGAAUCCAACAAAUUCUUAUUGGUUGAUAAGAGGUGCGCAAAUUCAAAAAUUAUUUGAUAUAGCAAAAAUGGCUCAUGCGGGAGUAAGUACAAAUUUU